AUGAAUUUGGAAUUGUUACCUAAUGAGUUCUUACUUGAUCUAUUCGAAUAUUUGAAUAGUAUUGAUCUUCUUCGUGUAUUUUAUGGUCUCAAUUCACGUUUUAAUCUUCUUUUGUACAAGCAAUUUCGAGCCUAUCGUUUUAAAUUUGAUUGUAUGUCCAAAAGCAAAUUCGAUGCAAUAUAUCAACAACAUUUACCAUUCAUUGCUAAUCGAGUUCUUACACUUCAUCUCUCUGAUUAUAGAAAUAUUUCAAGACAAAUUAAUCAUUUUUUAUCUUAUAUACCAUCAUUCAAUCAUUUUACUCAGUUGCAAUCUCUGACAUUAUACAAUCUUCAUCCAUAUGAAACAUUAUUGAAACUCUUGGAUGAAUGUCGUCAUCUAAAUAAUCUUAUGCAAUUAGUCGUUUAUGCUUCUUAUCUUCCAAAUGAACAAGUCGAUUGCCAAUUAAUUGUUGACACGAUUUGGAAUUUAUCAAAACUUACUAAGUGUUGUUUGAACAUUGACUUCGAAAAAUAUUCUUUUUGUCUACCAACAAUUACCUCUUUAUCUCUUAAAUGUGUAAUGAUAUAUUUCGCCAAACUUAAAACGAAUCAAAUAAAUCAAUUACUUGAAUACACACCUUGUUUAAAACGUCUUUCGGUAAACGUGGGUCUAGUUAAUAAGAAUUAUGUACCAUCUUCACUUCCAAUGUUGAUUGAUUUGAAAAUUCAUUCGUUUGAGUCUUUUAAUUAUUCGAAAAUGAUU